GGAGGGCGGGGUCGUGAACUGGGGCCGGGGGGCGGGACUUGGAGUGACCAUGGAGGUUGGGGGGGCAGUUAACGGAUGUGGCAUGGGGCGGGGGCCAGGCUGGAGGCCGGCUGCCGGGAAGGGGGGGGAUUCCCUCCUGCCCGAGGGCGGGUCUCCCUCCGAGGAAGGGGCUGCGGGGAUUCCCUCUCCCUCUGGGCCUUGACUUCCCACCCGCCCGGUACGCGGAGAGGCCACCACUCGCUCGGCGCCCUCCAGGCCCUUUGGAGGUGAGGGAGGUGGGGUGAGGUGGUGCCCGCCCCCCCCACCGGCUCCUCCUUCCCCCCAGUCCUCCCCUCCCACCACCCUCCCCCCGAGCCGGUUUGUCCCUCCCCUCCACUCCCCUCCUUCCCCCCGCCGCCUCCUCCUGCCGCUGCCGCUGCUUUGGCUGCUGCGUCAUACGCCCCAGAGCUGCCGGGACGGAGGGGCUGGGCCUGGGGACCCCCCGGCCCUUGCCUGCCCGCCCUCCGACGCCCAGACGUGCCCUCCCCGCGCGGGGGGUUCGCCUCGGUCUCCCACGUCUGCCUCUGCCCGGCUCCCGGCGGCCCCAGCUGUCACUGGCCCCCCCAGGAUGCAAUGGCACAGCCCCCCCGGCUGAGCCGCUCUGGUGCCCCCCCACUUUGGGACCCAGCCUCCCCUGCUCCCACCUCAGGCCCCAGGCCUCGUCUUUGGGAGGGUCAAGAUGUGCUGGCCAGGUGGACGGAUGGGCUGCUAUACUUGGGGACCAUCAAGAAGGUGGACAGUGCUCGGGAGGUGUGUCUGGUCCAGUUUGAGGACGAUUCCCAGUUUCUGGUUCUAUGGAAAGACAUUAGCCCCGCUGCCCUCCCCGGGGAGGAACUUCUCUGCUGUGUCUGUCGCUCUGAGACUGUGGGCCCUGGGAACCGGCUGGUCAGCUGUGAGAAGUGUCGCCACGCUUAUCACCAGGACUGCCACGUUCCAAGGGCCCCUGCCCCUGGAGAAGGAGAGGGCACAUCCUGGGUCUGCCGCCAGUGUGUCUUCGCCAUUGCCACCAAGAGGGGGGGUGCACUGAAGAAGGGCCCCUAUGCACGGGCCAUGCUGGGCAUGAAGCUGUCACUGCCGUACGGACUAAAGGGGCUAGACUGGGACGCUGGACAUCUGAGCAACCGGCAGCAGAGCUACUGUUACUGUGGUGGCCCCGGGGAGUGGAACCUGAAGAUGCUGCAGUGCCGGAGCUGCCUGCAGUGGUUCCACGAGGCCUGCACCCAGUGUCUGAGCAAGCCCCUCCUCUAUGGAGACAGGUUCUAUGAGUUCGAAUGCUGUGUGUGUCGGGGGGGCCCUGAGAAGGUCAGGCGGCUACAGCUUCGCUGGGUGGAUGUGGCCCAUCUUGUCCUCUAUCACCUCAGCGUUUGCUGUAAGAAAAAAUACUUUGAUUUUGACCGUGAGAUCCUCCCCUUCACUUCUGAGAAUUGGGACAGUUUGCUCCUCGGGGAGCUCUCAGACACUCCCAAGGGAGAACGUUCUUCCAAACUCCUCUCUGCUCUCAACAGCCACAAGGACCGUUUCAUUUCAGGGAGGGAGAUUAAGAAGAGGAAAUGCUUGUUUGGUCUCCAUGCUCGGAUCCCUCCCCCUGUGGAGCCUGUUACUGAAGAUGGAGCCCCCACCAGCUUCCCUUCAGGGCAGGGCCCUGGGGGAGGGGUCUCACGUCCCCUGGGGAAGCGCCGGAGGCCGGAGCCAGAGCCCCUGAGGAGGAGGCAGAAGGGGAAAAUGGAGGAGCUGGGGCCACCCUCAGCAGUGCGCAAUCAGCCCGAGCCCCAGGAGCAAAGGGAGCGGGCUCGUCUGCAGAGGGCACUGCAGGCCUCAGUGUCUCCACCACCCCCCAGCCCUAACCAGAGUUACCAGGGCAGCAGCGGCUACAACUUCCGGCCCACAGAUGCCCGCUGCCUGCCCAGCAGUCCCAUCCGGAUGUUCGCUUCCUUCCACCCCUCUGCCAGCACCGCAGGGACCUCUGGGGAUGGUGAACCCCCAGACAGGUCACCCCUGGAACUUCACAUUGGUUUCCCCACAGACAUCCCUAAAAGUGCCCCCAACUCGAUGACUGCCUCAUCGUCCUCGGUCCCAGCCCCCUCCCCAGGUCUUCCUAGACGCUCAGCACCCCCUUCUCCCCUGUGCCGUAGUUUGUCUCCUGGGACUGGGGGAGGAGUUCGAGGUGGGGUUGGCUACCUGUCCCGAGGGGACCCUGUCCGGGUCCUUGCUCGGAGAGUACGACCUGAUGGUUCUGUGCAGUACCUGGUUGAGUGGGGAGGUGGGGGCAUCUUCUAAACAACCUGCCUCUGCCUACCUCCCCAUUCACACACACCGGCACUUUCGUACCCUGACCUCUGACCUCACCUACAGCUGGGAUGUACCUGGGGAGGUGCGAGGGGGUGGGUAGUUGUCCCUACUGCCCAGGCUGGAAUCCAGGUGGGAGUUUGGGGAAGAGGCUCUCUCUUCUCUACUCCCUUCCCGAUUCCUGACCCUUCCCCCAUCCCUCUUCCCAUUUCCUUUGAUGUUAUUUUGUUACAGCUUUUUAAAUAUUUUUUAAAAUUAUUUAACCCCUGGGGAUGGAGACUGAAGAGGGAGGGGGGGAUGAUAAAGGAUCCCGGACUCUGUAUGAUUGAAAUAAAGGUAAACAAACAGAUCUA